UGAAGAUUUCUUCCUAGAGAUGACUAGUUCCCUGCCCAGCUAUCGCAGACUUCACUCUGUGGUUGUAGACCCUGGAGGUCUAGUGUGACUCAUUGUGCUUCUGUGGGGUCAAUGUAAAGCUAGGCUUGGUAACACUGAGGAAGCAAAAAGAAAACUCACCGAGGACUGACUGGCUGGAACUAGGCAAGACACUGAUACAAACCAGCUGAACACACAGAGAAGGACUGACUGGCUGGAACUAGGCAAGACACUGAUACAAACCAGCUGAACACACAGAGAAGGACUGACUGGCUGGAACUAGGCAAGACACUGAUACAAACCAGCUGAACACACAGAGAAGGACUGACUGGCUGGAACUAGGCAAGACACUGAUACAAACCAGCUGAACACACAGAGAAGGACUGACUGGCUGGAACUAGGCAAGACACUGAUACAAACCAGCUGAACACACAGAGAAGGACUGACUGGCUGGAACUAGGCAAGACACUGAUACAAACCAGCUGAACACACAGAGAAGGACUGACUGGCUGGAACUAGGCAAGACACUGACACAAACCAGCUGAACACACAGAGAAGGACUGACUGGCUGGAACUAGGCAAGACACUGAUAUAAACCAGCUGAACACACAGAGAAGGACUGACUGGCUGGAACUAGGCAAGACACUGAUACAAACCAGCUGAACACACAGAGAAGGACUGACUGGCUGGAACUAGGCAAGACGUGUGUUGUGAACAGUAGUUUCAUUUUUUAAUUUUCAGCACAUACAGACAGAGAAACAGAUAAAUACAGAGACAAGUUAUAUUAACGGACUGACAGACAGAUCUAUAGAUGGACAGGGCGGUUGGUUCAUUGGAGUAUUACACGGUGGAAAUAAUACAAUCCCGUUUGGUGUAAAACAGAAAAUAAAUAAAAGGACAGUUCCGCCGAUGACCGCCAGAUGGCGCUCGCUCCUCAUGUUUCUCCACUGCUUUGCGUGACUCAGAAAUCUCAGGAGUUUUGAUCCGCGCUUUUUGGGGGACUCGUCUGGAAAAUAAAAAGGGUUUUUUUUUUUUCUUAAAGGAAACGGGAAGUGAAAACUUCAAAACUCUGAAAUGAUUUGAAGCUGCGUAGGUCAGCGUUUCUCCUCGCCUGAUUCGACACCAAGCUGCAGGAUUGACAGGGAGGGAAGAGUUAAACACAAUCUUCAGUUCUUCAGCUGAGUCCAGCCUCCCUACCUACAGAAAGUGCACACGGAGAAUGCGCAAGUGUUUGUGAGACUCGAAUGGUUUGUUGUUUAUUUUUGGUUAUUAUAUACAGCAAUACAAUGGGAAUAAACGGCUCAGUGAAAAUGAGAACAUGAAGCAGAACGGGCUCAUAUUGUGGGUGACACUUGUCUGUGCCAAUAUCAGCCAUGGUCUGCGCUUCACACAGAGUCCCAUGAACCUGACGGUAACCCACGGCAACCCAGCCAGGUUAGAGUGCUCCGUGGAGGGCAGCAGAGAGCUGGAAAUCAGCUGGGAGAAGAAUGGGAAGAAACUGUCCAGCAUCGACCAGACUGACCUAUCAGUGGAUCAGAACCACUGGAAAUCAUUAUACCACAUGAAGUCUGUCCAGCAGGCAGACGCUGGGAUGUACGUCUGUGUGUCCGAGGCUACUGGAGUCACUGUGUCCUCCGAGCCAGCCUGGAUCACUGUGGAAGGUGUACCCCACUUUGUGACGGAACCCCAGGAUGUCGCAGUGUUGCCCGGUGUGACCUUUAACCUCAGCUGUAGGGCUGUGGGGCCCCCCGAUCCAGUGCAGCUGGUUUGGUGGCAGAGGGGGGUGCAGCUGGGGGGUCCACACCCCUCCCCCUACACCCUGACUGUCCCAGGCUUGACGCAGAGCACUGAGUUCCACUGCGAAGCCAAGAAUCAGAAAGGGGUGUCGACCUCUCGCACCGCCACUGUCCACAUCAAGGCGCUGCCAGGCCCCCCCCAGGAGCUGCAGGUGACCCAGGUUCAAGAGGACAACGUCACCCUGUCCUGGAGACCAGGCCCUGAUGGACACUCCCUGCUGAGAGACUGCACCAUCCAGUUUGCAGAGAAUUCUGGGAAGAGAGAGGAGCUGUUUGAGCGCCAGGUGUUGGUCCCGCCCCAUGAGCAGACGAUUGGAGGGCUGAAGUGCUUCUCAAACUACAGCACGCGAAUCGUCUGCAGCAACGAGGUCGGCUCCUCCCCUUUCACUGACUGGGUCGACUUUGAAACGCUGGAGUCGGUUAUUGCUCCACAUGACCCCCCUGUGUGUGUGUUUCUGUUCCUCAGCGCCGGGGCCGCACCCCUCAAUUUCAGUCUGGAGGUGACGGGGGGCUCUCUGCUGCUGAGCUGGGGGGCUCCCUCUCAGGAGGAGCUGAACGGGGUGCUGCAGGAGUACAGGGUGGAGUGGGGCCGGCCUGGAGAGGAGAAGCAGGACACCAUGCUCCUCACACAGACCCAUGUGAACCUCUCUCUCGCGGGAGGGCAGUUCUACAACUGCUCGUUCCAUGUGAGUGCAUGCAACUCUGCGGGCUGCGGGCCCUGGACCCAGACGCUGCUGUGGGACCCCAGGAGGGUGAGUGUUUCUGUCACAGUGACGCGAGGUCGCCUGUGGGUGCUGCUGCUCGUGCGCAGGAACAAAGAGACGCAGUUUGGUGCAGUGUUUGAGCCGGUUCUCCCGGGUGCAGAGCCUGCAGUGUCCUACGGGGCGGCGCACUCCUUUAACAGGCAGGGGCCUGAGCCCAGCGACUCCACAUUGGACUGCCUGGGUAUCAGCAAUGAGCUGAAGGAGAAGCUGCAGGACAUGCUGAUCCUGGAGAGAUGGCUCUCUCUGGGGCGCCUGCUGGGCAAAGGCGAGUUUGGCUCAGUCCGUGAGGCCAGUCUGAAGAGAGAGAACGGCACUGUGAAGAGAGUCGCUGUCAAGGUGCUCCAGUCGGAUAUGAACUCCUCCAGUGAUAUUGAGCAGUGUCUGAGGGAAGCAGCCUACAUGAAGGACUUCGAUCACCCCAACGUCAUCAAGCUCAUCGGAGUGAGUCUGCAGAGCAGCACCCCCCAGCACCUGCCCGUUCCCAUGGUGAUCCUGCCCUUCAUGAAGCACGGAGACCUGCACCACUACCUGCUGAUGUCACGCCUGGGCGACACCCCCUUCACCCUCCCUCUGCCCACGCUGGUUCAGUUCACGCUGGAUAUCGCUCGAGGGAUGGACUACCUGAGCCACAAGAACCUCGCUGCACGCAACACUGCACAGACCCAACACAGAGCAACGUGGUGCAGACCAUUACAUAAUUGGUGGGAGAGGUGGGGGAACACACAGCAGUUCACGUUAUGCUCAGCUCCACUCCUUCAGAGCAACACAGAACUACAUGGUGUAGUCUUACGCUUCAGUUCAAUUGUAAAAAUACUACUCUUUUUUCCUCGCCAUAUUUCCCCCGCCACGUGUCGGACUCAGUGGUCGUUUGGUGUGACGAUGUGGGAGAUUGUGACGCUGGGACAGACCCCCUACCCCGGCGUGGAGAACUGUGAGAUCUACGAGUACCUGCUGAAGGGAAACAGACUCAAACAGCCGCCCGGCUGCGUGGACAAGGUCUUUGAAAUCAUGCACAGCUGCUGGAACUCCAACCCCAAGGGCCGGCCCAGCUUCCAGAGCCUGAUUGGCCAGCUGGAGGAGGUGUGGGCAGGGCUAGAUUCCAAGAAGGAGCUGCUGUAUGUGAACCUGGGGGAGGGGCCUGGGGAGGAGUCACGUGGGGGACAAGGGGCUGGGGGCGGUGCCGAAGGCGGUAGCGGUGUCCCAUGGCAGAAGGGGCAGGGAGCGAGCUGUCUCAAAGACUUAUUGGGGGCAGUCGCUGCCACUGGGGGGGACUACCGCUACAUCAUAGACCCCCGCGGCUCACUUGAGGACGAUGGCCAAUCAGGAACCAGGAGGGCCUGCCCACUGUUACAGGAAGCUGCAGAAAAGGAGGGGGAGGAAGAGGAGGAUGAAGACACCGUCAUCAACAUGUGACCCGAGGAGACUGCCUUCCCUUUCAGACAGCUCUCUUCUCCGGUCGCUGGACUGUGCCUUGCAGGGAUAUAAGAAGUUCUGGCAGUACCACUGGAACUGGCCCACCCAUGAGGAAAUACACUGGUGCAGUAUAAGCAUUGCUUGUAUUGGCGCUCUCUCUAGUUCAACAACAGCCAAUCUGAAUUUAUAUUGCAGUACUGUGUUCUCCUAGCACCCAAUUUCAGCACUCUACCUCAGCUAGAUGAGCCACAGCACGCCAGUCCUGGAUGUACAGGAGAUAUGUUCAUACCACAAGCACCGGGCUAUCCAGCACGGGAUGCAUGUCUGUCAUUCAGCACGGGAUGCAUGUCUGUCAUUCAGCACGGGAUGCAUGUCUGUCAAUCAGCACGGGAUGCAUGUCUGUCAUUCAGCACGGGAUGCAUGUCUGUCAUUCAGCACGGGAUGCAUGU